AUGUUACUAACUCCGAAACGAUGCCAUUUUUCAGUCUAUGAAAUUGAAAUCGCCAAAGCACGAACGAAAUAUGAACAAGGGUUAAAUAAUGUUGCUCAUGGUUUACUUUACAAAUACUUACAUAAAAAUCUUACAAUUAAUAAUCAAUAUUUACCAUCCUAUUUUAUAAAAACCACUGUAUUAUGGAUGUGUGAAGAGAAUAAUAUAAAUACAUUUAUCGAUAAUGCCGAUAAUGAAAAUACAAUAUCACUUUAA